UCAUGAGAACCCCGUGUCCUGGCUGCAGGUCUCGGCGCGGAAGAUGGCCGGCGGCGUGGACGGCCCCAUCGGGAUCCCGUUUCCCGACCACAGCAGCGACAUCCUGAGCGGGCUGAAUGAGCAGCGGACGCAGGGCCUGCUGUGCGACGUGGUGAUCUUGGUAGAGGGCCGCGAGUUCCCCACGCACCGCUCCGUACUGGCGGCUUGCAGCCAGUACUUCAAGAAGCUGUUCACGUCUGGCGCCGUGGUGGACCAGCAGAACGUGUACGAGAUAGACUUCGUCAGCGCGGACGCGCUCACCGCCCUCAUGGACUUCGCCUACACCGCCACGCUCACCGUCAGCACGGCCAACGUGGGCGACAUCCUGAGCGCCGCGCGCCUGCUGGAGAUCCCCGCCGUGAGCCAUGUGUGCGCCGACUUGCUGGACCGCCAGAUCCUGGCCGCCGACGGGGGCGGCGACACGGGGCAGCUGGACCUGGUGGAGCAGAUUGACCAGCGCAACCUCCUGCGCGCCAAGGAGUACCUGGAGUUCUUCCAGAGUAACCCCAUGAACAGCCUGCCCCCCGCUGCCGCCGCUGCAGCCGCCGCCGCAGGCACCUUCCCGUGGUCCGCCUUCAGCGCUCCCGAUGACGACCUGGACGCCACCAAGGAGGCUGUGGCGGCCGCCGUGGCAGCGGUGGCCGCAGGCGAUUGCAAUGGCCUGGACUUCUACGGGCCAGGGCCCCCUGCUGAGCGGCCCCCGGCAGGGGACGGGGACGAGGGGGACAGCAACCCGGGCCUGUGGCCGGAGCGGGACGAGGACGCCCCCGCGGCUGGCGGCCUCUUUCCACCCCCAGUGGCCCCGCCGGCGGCCACACAGAACGGCCACUAUGGCCGGGCCGGGGAAGAGGAGGUGACCUCCCUGUCGGAGGCGGCUCCCGAGCCCGGAGACUCCCCGGGCUUCCUGUCGGGCACCGCCGAGGGUGAGGACGGGGACACGGCGGACGUGGAUGGGCUGGCGGCCAGCACCCUGCUGCAGCAGAUGAUGUCCUCCGUGGGCCGGGCGGGGGCCUUGGCGGCCGGGGACAGCGACGAGGAGUCGCGGGCGGACGACAAGGGCGUCAUGGACUACUACCUGAAGUACUUCAGCGGCGCCCACGAAGGCGACGUGUACCCGGCGUGGUCGCAGAAGGGGGAGAAGAAGAUCCGCGCCAAGGCCUUCCAGAAGUGCCCGAUCUGCGAGAAGGUGAUCCAGGGCGCCGGCAAGCUGCCGCGGCACAUCCGCACGCACACGGGCGAGAAGCCCUACGAGUGUAACAUCUGCAAGGUCCGAUUCACCAGGCAGGACAAGCUGAAGGUGCACAUGAGGAAGCACACGGGCGAGAAGCCGUACCUGUGCCAGCAGUGCGGGGCGGCCUUCGCCCACAACUACGACCUGAAGAACCACAUGCGCGUGCACACGGGCCUGCGGCCCUACCAGUGCGACAGUUGCUGCAAGACCUUCGUGCGCUCCGACCACCUGCACAGACACCUCAAGAAGGACGGCUGCAACGGGGUGCCCUCACGCCGGGGCCGCAAGCCGCGUGCACGCGAGAAGCACUUUAAGGACGACGAGGAGGAGGACGAUGAGGCCACCAGCCCCGACGGCCCGGGCCGCCUGAAUGUAGCUGGAGCCGGCGGAGACGACGCUGCGGGGGGCCCCGGGGCGGCCGCCGCCCAGGCCCCCUUCACAGCCAGGCUCGCCUGAAACCAAAAAGAACAGAAACUCCGAGACCGAGAGGAGCCACCCCACCCCAGACACAAAGAAACCUAUCUACGUACAGAUAUCUAUCUAUCUAUCUAUCUAUCUAUAUAUAUAUAUACAGAUAUAUAUAUAUGACGUCACAGAACUAGGAUACUGCUUCUCAGAUUUGUCGCCUUCAUGAAGCCCCCUCCACAGGGCCCCUCCUGCCCCCAUGUCCCCCGCCCUGUCCGCUGGGGGGGUCUGGGCUUGGCAUGGGGUCUUGUGGGGCGCCCACUAUGGGCAGGGGGCCUGAUCCGAGCCUGGUUCUCCAGCCCUGGGCUCCAGGCUGGAUUGGGGUGACUGGGGGGGGGCGGGGCCAGGGCCAGCUCUCGUGCCCCUCCCCUCUGGGUUUCUGUGAGUCUUCAGACAAGACCUUAAAUGAUCUCUGUCUGCUCUGAGCGGACGCUAAAUGGUCCCUGGCCCCCCACCCUCCUUCCUCAGGGCACUUACUAAAGGGGGGGGUCUUCCCCUCAGUCCUCCCCACUGGCCUCCCGCCUCCCGCCCCGCCUGUGACCUCGCACCUCUGCACCCCUCGGCCGCCGAGACACAAACCUAUUUAUUCCCAGGCCUGGGGACGGGGGCAGGCUUGGGGGCUGCAGGGGGUUCCAGGGUGGCCCGGGCUCCCGCCACCUUCCUCCAUGGCACUUAAACCUGGCGGGAGCCUGGGACCACCACUCAGGGCUCCCCUACCCCCAGCCACCCGAGACCCCACAUUUGGAGAUUGCAAAUGUCUGUCUUGACCCCGUCCCCCCAAGCCCCUCCCCACUUUUUCAAGCACUUUUUAGAUUUUUUUUUCCUCCUGAAAAACAAAAUUUAUAUAUAGAUAUAAUAUAUA